CUUGUUUUGUUUUACAAGUAAAAUUGUAAACAAAAACAGUGUAUGAAAAUAGUGCGUUCCCAUUUUAUAAAUGGCGUAAAAUAAUGUGUUGCUUUAAAAAAAAUAAGUUUUACAUUUAAAAUAAGUUUCUAUUCUUAAAUUAGUGAAAUUGAAAACGAAAAUCGCGUAUUAAUAUUUAAUGUUUCAAUUUAAAAAAUAUAUUAAAAUCAUGAGACACAUUUUUUUUGGUAAUUGAAUUAUAUUUUUUUUUUUCUGUUUAUAAAUUGAAAUUCGAAAAUGGAUAUCGAAGCAGGUGUUAAUAAAGUUGAUAGUGGAGUGGAAGACUUGCCCAAAAAUAAGUGCUUGCGGAUUUUUGUUACGUCGUUCCAUAGCGCGGUUUGUUGCUAUUAUGUACUGCUGGUUUCUUAUGGUUUAGUUAUCGGUUAUAAUGCGAUGACACAUGAUAAUGAGGUUGUCCGAUUAUUGGGACAUUAUGGACCUGCUUUUGGUACCAAUUGGAAUUUGACAUUCCAGACGGUGUUCAUAUUCCUUGCCUUAACCUAUGAUAUACUAGAAUGGAUGAACAAACAAGAUACAGAGAGGGCGAAGAAGAUCAUGUACUGGCGGGACGUCCUAUACAAUGGACUCGUGGUGCCUUUUACUUUGUUCGUUACAUCAUUAUUCUGGACUGUUUACGCCAUAGACAGAGAACUAGUGUACCCUGAGGUAUUCGAUUCCGUAGUGCCCUGGUGGUUCAAUCACUGCGUCCACACAAAUAUCGCAAUCGUCGUUCUCAUCGAGACUCUCCUCACACCCAGAAGACAACCCACAAAUAAGAGUCUGGAACUAAAACUCACUACAUUCACAUCAUUCGGAUAUGCAGCUAUAUAUUACUCCAUCUACUACUUCACGGGUCGCUGGCUGUACAACGUUUUCGGCAUCAUGACCUGGUGGCAGGUCUCCUUGUUCCAGUGCCUCAUCUGGGCAUCUGCCUAUUUCUUCUACUUCACACAUUUCAUGGUCAACAGGCUGUUCCACGGCAGCGAGGAUAAGACUGCAGUAAACAAAUCAGUAACAGUCGAAAAUAAUGGCAGUACAAAGACUGUGAAAUUUGGCAGUCUUCAGAAGAACACACCAGAGGAAUCAUUCACUUCGGAUAACUGGCAUUUGAAGUAUAGAUCACUGAGAGAUAAGUUUGAGAACUCUAGGUUAUGAGUCUCUUGAUUAGUUUUAGCGGUCCAAGUUGAUCAUUUUAAGUUUACUGGUAAUUCUGGUAUACCUUGCAUAAGAUUAUAAAAAAUAAAUAUUUAUAUUAUUAGCGGAAUAUAAUUUUCUGAAUUCAGGCACAUCAUUAGUUAAAAUAGAAACAUCAUCACAUAAUCAAAGUUGUAAUACGAACUUAGAGUUCAAGCUUUCAAUGUGACAAGGUGAUAAUGUAUUUUUAAACCCUAAAUAAUUUUUAGACUCAAUAGUACUAUGUGAACCGUUUUUUUUUAAUUGCUUUUUUAAUUGUUUUUUUAAUUGCUAAAUUUACUUACUGAUAACACAAUUUGAUAUUAAUGUUAUUUAUUUAUCUUUAUAUGAUUGAAAUGCGUAAGAUCUGCCGAACAUAUGACUGGUGCUAAAUCUAUAUUGCCUUCUUGAUUUACUCUUGGAUUAAUAAGUUUGUAGAAUGAAGAUAGAAUCAUUGUUUUCUUACUUCAAUUUAAAUCUAGUACAGAAGAAGACUUGGAAUUAUCAACCUUUCCUGCGACGCUUGAACACUGAUGAUUAUCCUUCCAGAUCUUGUAACCAAACUCAGGUUGGAAGCGUAAUUUUGUCUUAUACAAUUACCUCGCUGAAGCGAGGUUGGUGAUAAGCUCUAUUAUUAAUUCAAAUAUAUACAUAAACAUUAUAAUGUCUGUUUAUAAAGAGGCUCUCACCCGUUUUCACUUAUUCUAGCAAGGCAUAAAUUAACUAGGAAACGCCUAAACCUACGAAUCGAACCCAAGCAGAUUCGUUUAAUUCUAAAUAAACAAAUUGUUUUUUAUCUCUUGACACAAUUGUUAUAUGUUAAUAAACAAAUGCCUAGCGCACGGCUCCGCAUAACAUAUGUCAUAAAUUGAGUCAUUGCUUAAUGUCAUUAAGCAGUUUCUAAUCAUUGCUGAUAGGCAUUUUCACCUUAGGCGGUUCCUAAAUAUUUAAGCGACAGAUCUAAACGACUCCUAAGUUUAGUGAAAAUGGUGUAGUUCGGCUUGGGGGCGAAGCGGCUUUUUGCCCACAGCCUCUUACUGAUAGAGGUCUUGCAUGGAAUUGUCGUAACUAUUUUCUUAUUUAUUAGUAUGUCAUAGAAGACAAAAUUUUGGGAACGGGUGCUGGAAAAUCGUUUCGUUUUGCAACUUUGUACAUGUUUAGAUUAGUCCAUGCUGCGAAACUAAGAAGAUUUGUAUCUUUUGGUCCAUUAACUUUAAACCAUGUCAUAAUUUGAUAAUAGUGAUAUGUUGUGCUUUAUAUAAACAAGUAUAUCACUAUUAAUGUUAAAAAACUUGUUAGGGUUCCGAACACAAACUGUAAAAGGGGUACCCUAUUGCUAAAACUUCGCUGACUGUCAGUCUGUUACCAAGUUGUAUCUCAUGAAUCGUGAAAAUUAUACAGUUGAAAUUUUUAAAUACAACUACAAAAAAAAAACAUAGUAAAAUAAAUAUUUAGGGGGGCUCCCAUACAACCUACGUGCGCAAGUCCGACUAGUACAUGGCCGGUUUUUUAUACAGAAAGAUAUUGUUGUAGAAGACUUUAAUAUUUUUAAAGACACACUCGUAUCUAUCAUAUCAUCAAAACUAAAGUUUGAAGAGCGCCGUCAAAUACGCCUUUUGUUGAUAUUAUUUUUUUAGAUGAACAAUAAUUUUGAGGUAUUCUCUGUCUGGUAUACGGUGGUAGAUGUGUUCUUAUCAAAUCUAUAAAUAAUUUAUACAUUAGUAAGAUGUAAAAAUGAUCAUUGUUUUUUUUUAAGAAAUGUUUUAUAUAAAAAAAAAUAAAUAUGUUUUUGAAUGGAAAUAUGAUUUAGAUCAAUUAUUCUUUUUUUAUUUAAAUAUUCAUCUAUUUAUUUCAAAUUAGUGAUACAAUAGUAAUUAAUUUAAAAAAGAUUUCAAUGACCGCAAUGUAUAUUAAACAAUAUUCAUGGAUUAAAAAUUAACUAAAUUUUGAGUUUAGACAGGCUGAAAAUAAUUGUUUUAGAGAAAUAUGUUCUCUUUAAUAUUUUAACUUUUAAUAGGUCUUAUUGUAAACACUAAUUCAUUCGAAAAUGCCAUUUUAAUUUCAAAUUGGCAAAUAAUUUAAUAAUAUUUAAUAAUGUCAUAUAGUCAUGUUACAUGUUAUGUUUGUUUUUGUUAAUGAUUUUAUAAUAUAAUUGUGCGAAGAAAUAAAUUUAUUGAAAUAAAUAUAUGAACUGGUGU